AUGGAGACAACUGAAACAAUUUCAGAGUUUUUCUCAAAGACACUGAAUCUUGUUAAUGAGAUGAAGGCCAAUGGUGAUGCUGUAGAAGAUUCAGCUAUUGUGGAGAAGAUAUUAAGAAGCUUUCCUGAGAAGUUUGAAUCCAAAGUUACUGCUAUAGAAGAAUGCAAUACAGUUGCAACUAUGACUCUUAAUGAGUUGUUGGAUUUUGGACACAUUGCUACUGAGUAUCCAAAACCAAGAAAGACAGUUGCUAAUAAUUACAAAGCAAAUUUCAAAGCUAAUAUUGCUGGAAGUCAAGAAGAAGAAACAAAAGAGCAGAAGGAUGAAAACAUGCUACUUACAUGUCAUACAGCAGAAGAACAACCACAACUUAAGUGGUACUUGGAUACUGGUUGUAGCAAUCAUAUGUGUGGCAGAAAAGAUUUAUUUGAGAAGCUUGAUGAGUCUGUCAGAUCAACAAUAAAGUUUGGUUUACAUCAAAAUUUAUUGAGUAUGGGUCAGCUAUCUGAAAGAGGAUAUUAUAUGAAUAUCUACAAUGUUUUGUGCUUCAUCAGAGAUAGAAGAAGAAGGUUGAUAGCUAAAGUACAGAUGACCAAAAACAGACUAUUUCCUUUGAAUAUUCAGCAUCAAAAGAAAAGUUGUUACAAUAGUAGUGUGCACAAUGACUCUUGGCGGAAUAAGAGGAUGGGACAUGUGAACUUUAAUAGUUUACAAAUCUUAGCUAAGAAGGAGAUGGUGUCUGGUUUACCUUCAUUGAACUUCCAGAAUCAAGAUGUGAAAAUUGCAUCUUUGGCAAGCAGCACAGAGAGCCAUUCCCUGUCAACAAAUCUAGAAGAGCUGAUCAACAAUUAG